CUUCUCUCUCCAUCCGCACUUUGAUCCACACUUGGAGCCUUUCUCUCUAUCUUUAGAGGCCUCAGGUAUCUCCGCCACAUCCUUGUUGCCGUGACCUGCCCUUGCCGCAGGAGUCAGGGUGGACGACAAGUUAAGAAAUGGACUCAGUGGCCUUUGAGGAUGUGGCUGUGAACUUUAGUCUGGAAGAGUGGGCUCUGCUGGAUCCUUCACAAAAGAAACUCUAUAGAGAUGUGAUGCGGGAAACCUUGAGGAAUCUGGCCUCAGUGGGAAGGAAAUGGGAAGACCAUAACAUUGAAGAUCAGUACAAAAACCAGGGAAGAAAUAGAAGACGUCAUAUGGUAGAGAGACUCUGUGAAAGUAAAGAAGGUGGUCAGUAUGGAGAAAACUUCAGCUAUAUUUCAAAUCUUAAUCUGAACAAGAAAACUUCUAGUAAAGUAAAACCAUGGGAGUGCAGUGUGUGUGGAAAAGUCUUCAUGAGUCGUUCAUCCCUUAAUAGGCACAUGCGCUCUCACACUGCGCCCAAACCACACAAGUAUCAGGAAUAUGGAAAGAAACCUUACAAAUGUAAGAUAUGUGGGAAAGCCUUCAGUUAUCUCCAGCCUUUUCAAAAACAUGAAAGAAAUCACAGCGUAGAGAAAUCCUAUAAAUGUAAGGAGUGUGGUAAAUCCUUCAGAUAUCGUCAAUCUGUUCGCAAACAUGAACGGACUCACACUGGAGAGAAACCCUAUCAAUGUAAACAAUGUGGAAAGGCCUUUAGAUAUCAUCAAACCUUCCAAACACAUGAAAGAACUCACACAGGAGAGAAACCCUAUGAAUGUAAGCAGUGCGGUAAAGCCCUCAGUUGUCCCAGUUCCUAUCGAAGUCAUGAAAGGACUCACACUGGAGAGAAACCUUAUGAAUGUGAAAAAUGUAGUAAAGCUUUCAGCUGUCCCAGUUCUCUUCGAAAACAUGAAAGAACUCACACUGGAGAGAAACCCUAUGACUGUAAGGAAUGUGGGAAGGCCUUUAUUUCUCUUGGAAGCUUUCAAAGACACAUGAUAACACAUACUGGCGACGGACCUUAUAAAUGUAAGGAAUGUGGGAAGGCAUUUAAUUGUCCCAGUUCAUAUCGAAUACAUGAAAGAUCUCACACUGGAGAAAAACCCUACGAAUGUAAAAUAUGUGGUAAAGCCUUCAGUUGUUCCAGUUCCUUUCGAACACAUGAAAGAACUCACACUGGAGAGAAACCUUACCAGUGUAAGGAAUGUGGAAAAGCUUUCCAUUGGCUCACCACUUUUCAAGUCCAUGUGAGAACUCACACUGGAGAGAAGCCCUAUAUAUGUAAGCUGUGUGGUAAAGCCCUCAGUUGCCCCACUUCCUUUCGAAGACAUGAAAGGACUCACAGUGCAGAGAAACCUUAUGAAUGUAAACAGUGUGGGAAAACCUUCAGUUCUUCUCUAGGUCUGCAAAUACAUGGAAGGACUCACACUGGAGAGAAGCCCUAUAAAUGUGAGGAAUGUGGAAAAGCAUUUGUAUCUCUCACAAGCUUUCGAAGACACAUGAUGACGCACACAGGAGACGGACCUUAUAAAUGUAAGGAAUGUGGGAAGGCGUUCAACUGCCCCAGCUCAUUUCGAAUACAUGAAAGAACUCACACAGGCGAGAAACCCUACGAAUGUAAAAUAUGUGGUAAAGCCUUCAGUUGUUCCAGUUAUGUUCAAGUACAUGAAAGAACUCACACUGGAGAGAAACCGUAUGAAUGUAAGGAAUGUGGGAAAGCCUUCAUUUAUCGCACAACCUUUCGAGGUCACAUGAGAGUGCACACUGGAGAGAAACCAUAUAAAUGUGAAGAAUGUGGGAAGGCCUUCAGUCGACCCAGUUCAUUUAGAAGCCAUGAAAGAAUUCACACUGGAGAGAAACUUCUUCAGUGUAAGCACUGUGGGAAAGCCUUCAAUUGGCCCACAUCCUUACACAAACAUGUCAUGAGAAUGCACACUGGAUAAAUUAUAAUUGAUACGUACAGGAAAGUUUUCACUCUUUACACUAAAAGUAAUGUGAAAACUCCACUGGAGAGAAAUGGCUAUAAGUGUUAUGGGAAGGCCUGAUCAGGCAAAUCAAUUAACAUGUAAUACUCCAGAAAAUUCAUGACAUGAAACACGUUUUAAAAGCUAAAAACAGCUUGUCUUUAUCAGUGGCUCAUUCUGAAACUCAGUCCCUGGACUGUGGAUUCUAUUUGCUACUUUUGCAAAUAACAAUGACUUGAGACAACUCUGUAAGUACCUUUUAAGCAGCAGUAUAUAUGCUUUUAGUAGGUAGUGUUUUUCCUUAAAUCAGCUUAUAAAAACAUCUUUGAAGUCUGUUGGUGAAUUGAAAAAUAAAUAAUAUAUAUUAGUAGGAUUAAUUUUUAUAUAAAUUUUUAACUGUUCUGUAAGUUAAAGGGAAUGACACCUUGUUAUUUCCUAGGAUUUUACUGUUGGCUUCAUAUGGCAAGUAUUGUAUAUUCCUUACCCAUUAUAAAUAUCCCUCCUCUGUUAGGAUAAAAACAACUUUCUUUUCCUUUCGUCAGAAGAGCCUUACUAAUUUUCAUUACUAAUAGAUAGUUGGUAUAAAUUUGUAAAUAUGAAAAGUUUAUCAUAGAGUAUAAUCUCACUGGAAUCUCUAUUUACGUCUGUCCCCCUUAACUCUUGGUCAUUUCCUCUGCCAGUGAUUUGGAUAACAGACUUUACAUUAAGGAGAGCAACCUGUAUGGACAUCAACCUCAAACUUACAAAACCACCUUAAAAUGUUUACAAUUAUAAUUGUUUUACAUUUAAAUUCACAGCUACAAUAUCUUUGUACCAAAGCAACAUUUCCCCCCUCCCCUCAAUCCAUUGAAAUCACCCUAUGAAACUGAUAUCACCAUUUAAUGUAUCUUUUACCCACAAUACAACUAGAAUGAUAAUAUGAUCUCAAUGAAGUCAACCAGUGGUAUCACCAUCCCUCUACUCGUAUUGAGCACCUACUGUGUGUCUGAGCUGGACGCUGGAAAUACAACAGUGAGCAUAACUACAGUGGUCACUGCUCUCACAGUGCUUCAAGUCUAUGAAGUUAACUAGAAUCACAUUUCUGGCUUCUUUCCUAAGUGUUUUUAACACUUAAACUCUGAUUCAUUUUUGAAGUAACAUCUUUGGUAUACCAAUAAGCCUUUUUAUAUUUGAAAAAGAAACAGGAGAGAGAUCUGUGAGAGGACAAUAAAAUCUAGAAUUGGAUAUGGCUCUCCUGAAAUGAGUCACGUCAACAAGGGUAAUGUAACAACCUACAUUUUCUGGAUUUUUUAUGGGUCUGUUAAAAUUCAUUAAUAACCUCAUUUGCAUGAUAUUUGGAAGGCCUUAGUGUUUCAGCCACAAAGCACAGAGAAAUAGCGUAAGUGUUUCAUGCAUACCUGCUUCCAACCCAUUUUCCUGAUGCUUUGUCCUGCCAGUCAAAAGCAUCCUCAGUCCCACCACCAGCUACAUGACUUCCAUUUUCUCAAAGCUGUAGGUCUCCACAGAUGCCUCCACAAGAUCCACAGCAAAGAUCCAUCAGUCUGGAUUUUUCCUACAAGCCGCCUUGUGUCCACCACGCCACCAAUUUAGAUUGUCAUGUUUGAGAAUGUUCUCUCAAAUGCUGAUUGCCCUCUCCUCUAGAUGGUAUUUUAAUAAGGUCUAAUUUGUAUAGUAAACAUCUCAUUCUGUUAAUGUUAGUGACUGUGUUCCAGAUUUCACCAAAACAGCUGCAGUGGUGCCGUCGCAACUGCGUGGGAGUCGGUCCCCUGCUGCUCGUGCAGUGACUGCUCUGACACAUUCCUUCCACGUGAGAAGCAGCAUCUUCCUCGUGCCAGGCAGACUGUGGGUGUUGCAGUUAAUUCGCAGCUGAACAUAAGUCCUCAGUCCAUUUUCAGUUAUGUUUGUAUGUGAUUUUUUUGGUCAAACAAAUGCUUCUGUAGAUGUUUUAUGCACUAACAAAUAUUACCUUUUCCACUUCCUGAUAGUGUAUAUUAAAACAUCUCAUUGCAAUUGUGGAUUUUUAGAUCAAUUUUGUGACUUUUGUCAAGUUGAUCAUACAUUUUGAAUCAAUGUUAUCAUGUAUUUU